AACCGCAAUGCAUUUUAAACCGUCCCCAUACUUUUUGACCCAAAGACAAAAGAAUCCUCUCUCCCUCUUCUUGGGACUAUAACGAGGAUCUCAUUCUUCUGUUGCGUCGUCCCUUCACAUGUCGAAAAGAGAAACGGGAGAGAGGAUGACGCUGUGAGGGAACUUGCAUUGUCUUCACGGUAGAAACACCAAAAAAAAAUCCAAGGUUCCUCCCUUUCAGAUACGCCAAGAUCUAAAAGUUCAUCCGUAACUGCUGUUCUUGCUGCUGGAGGAGAUGCCAGCUUAGCUGUAGGAUGGGCUGCUGCUUCAGUAGUAGUAUCACCAAAAAGGAAGAGUCUCUCGCUAAGGGGAAGCCGGCUGCGGCUUCUGCCACAGUCCAUCGCAACCCGGUGGUGCAGAGGGAUUCACGGCCGCCAGAGACCGAAGCAGAGGAGACGGUGAAAGAAGUCCUCUUGGAGACGUCCAGGCCGCGGUCGACCCCGCCAUUACCAACCACCAGGACGAGCGCAUGUGAAGAUGCCAACUCCAAGGAGGUCGAGAUAAUCGAAAAGGGUUACGCCACUGGUGUUCCUCUCAACGGCAUUGCUCCCCUCUCGAUCGACAGCAGCAACGGCUGUGACUCCAUAUCCGAGGACGCAUCUGAGGCCUGGAGCGUCAGCGCGAAGAGCGAGACCCUCUCGGCCUCCGCCACCAAGGCGGAGAGGCGACGAGGAGCUGUGGCAGAGGCAGGGAUGAGGGCGACGAGGGAGGAGCGCUCGCCGGCGAAGUACCAAAGGAAGCGCUCCGUCUCUGGAGAUUUCGCUUGCAGGAGGGACCGGAGCGUUGCCGUCGGCUGCGGCAGCGGGAGAUCCUCAUUCUCGCCUGCGGGAAGAAGGUCGGAGCACGCCGCCGUCGCCAGGACGAACUCCGCCAGAGAGUUUUCGAGCAGCCGAGCUUCCAGACCCGGGGCCACACGAGACCUGGGGGAGAGAUCCGGCAGGCGGUCGGUGUCCCCGGUUAUGAAGCGGGCGGCGGAGCUUGGGCAGAGAGGGGGACAAUGCAGGGCGCCGGGAGCGUCUGCGGUGAGGGCAAACGGGACGAAGCAGCAGAUGCCUGGGGACGAGGGAGAAAAGAAGUUAUGCGUAAAAGACGAGGGCAUAGUGGGCGGCGAGGCCGCGGGAUCUGCAGGGGAAGCGAAGGAGUCGCUGGAGAACCCCCUCGUCUCCCUGGAGUGCUUCAUCUUCCUCUAACUUUUAUUAUUAAUUUUGUUUCUUUUUGAAAUGGUGAUAUUCUGGUUUUAGCAUAAGAAUUCUAAUCCUUAAUGCUAGUUA